GGAGCGAAGCUUGAACAAAAGGUUUGCUCAGUGUUGAGGUUUUGCUUUCUUCUUCUUCUUCACUGCUAAACUCGGCGAUUUUUCUGAGCUACGAAGAGGCAAAAAAUCGGCGAUUAAAUGUUUGAGCAAUUAGGGUUUCUGACAAAUUAAGCAAUCCUUUCGAAAAUGAUGUCUCCAAGGCCAAUUUCUGAAGAUCGAGGAGGAUCUCCCCAACAUUUCAGGCACACCCCUUUGCAAGUAAUCCAUAUUGUCGGAAAUUUCUUGAGAAUAUGGUCAAUUUACUCCCUGUACCGGUACUUGUCUCAGACGGGGGCUUCGGUAGUACUUUUUCUCUUCACUUGUCUGAUCCCAGCAUCCAUCCUAUUUCUAAUUUUGCAAAAGCCUUGGAAGGGCAGGCCGCUCACAAAUACACAGGUGGUUCCUUCUAUUAUAAAUGGUGGUAUAACAGCUCUGUACUUUAUUUUGUGGGGAAAAGGCCUCAAAUCAUGUGGACCUCUUAGAGCUAUAUUGGCAGAGUAUUCUGGUGCUAUCCUUGGAGUACUCUCUGCAGUAUUGUAUGGGCGGAAGGGCCACGCUUGGAAAAAGAUAGGUGGGCUUAUUGCAAUGGUGGCAUCUUUCUACUUCUUAUCUCAAGGGUGGGCCACAGAAACAUACUCUCCAUUCUCAUUUAAAGAUAACCUGGACGCUGAGGUUCAGCCAGAACAGGUGUUAGGUAUGAAAGAGAUGGCAAUUCCAAUCUUUGCUGGAAUCUUAUCAGCAUUGAGGAGGGUGAUUGCACGGCGUGUUUCAUUGAAGAAUCAACUUAAAAGACGACUUCAUGCUCUAACUGUUGCCUCUGCGACAUGCUUCAUGUUUCCUGUUGCCAUGUGGGACAUAAUCAUAGGAUCACCUUCUAGUAGCAGCGAGAAGAUGCCAUUCUCUACUUGGGCUUUUCUAAGCACCAUUUUUUUUGGAGUUAUCUUGAUAUUCUAUGUUGAUAGUAUCGCGGAAGAGAGAUUACACAUGGUCUUCUCUUCUCCAAAGCAUUUAAUGGUAGCUGGAGGAUGCAUUAUCGUGAUGGAAAUGGUGUACAAAUUGGACUUUUCUCUUCCUGGUUUCCUAAUUUGCUGCAUAGUUUUGGGCUUUGGGAUAUACGAAGCAACUUCUUUGGAGCGUGGUAGAAAAGAUUCUUUCCAAAAGCAUGAUUCCUCAGAUGGGAUUUUGGGUGAUGAUAUGCAAAUGUCUGCACUUCCAACUUGAAGUAUGUUCACUUUUUGAUUACAUGCACAUAAUUGUCCUGUUAAUACAUGUAAUUAAAUUUAUUUGAUAUGAUCUUUACUGUAAAUGGUAGGCUUCAAAAUGAUAUAGUGAUGCUAUAUAGUUCCAGUAUUGUGAGAAUUAGGAGAGGGAAGGAAGGAGAUCAAUCCCAAGUCAAAUGGAUUGGAAUUUCUGUUACACAACUCACCGAACUCUUCUCCCUUUCCUUUCAAAAUACAGCACACACACUCUCUCUCUCUCUCUCUCUCUCACACACACACACACACACACACACACACACUGGUGGAAGAAACACUGGUAUUUUAUUUAUUUAUAUUCUUUUUGGUUUUCUGUUUGCUGAUUACACUCUCUCAUGC